AUGACAUUUGAAUACGCCCCAGAUGAUGUGCCUCAGAAGAUUAUCGAGGUGUUAAAGCGGUUCUGCUUACAUUCAAGCAAAGAUGGCCAUCAGAACGACGUCGGAAGGGUGUUUGAAUCAGUGCCUGAGAAAUUGAAGAUCGAUAUUAUGGCAAACCAGCAGAUAACCAUGGUCUUACCUGCAUUCCCGUGGAAGAGCCCGAAUCAGGACAAAGUCCUAGGAGACGGGGCUGAUCUAGGAGAGGAAAUGGGUCUGGCGAGGUUGAAUCACCUGUGCGAGGAGAUCUCAAAGGUCUACCCUUACGGCACGCGACUUAUCCUCAUAUGUGAUGGACCAGUGUAUAACGAUUUGGUUGGCGUUCCCGACGACGAAUAUUACGACUACGGCAUUGAGCUACGCAAAUUCGCCCAAAAGAAACAGUUCUCUUCUAUCCAGUUUAUCCGAUUGAUAAACUUGUUGGGAUUAGGAGAUGGCGAAAAAAUCACCAAGGCAGAUUAUCUGCGUCUCGUCCCCACCUGCAGGGAGAAACUGAUGUCACCCACGUACUUUGACCCGACAUUUGAUAUUGAAAACGAGUUGAAGACAAAUCCAGAUACCAAGACAACAUAUGAGAGCUAUUUCAGUCGCAUCUCAGAGGAUCUAAAAUGGGCCAAAGGGUUUGACCCUAUUGUCGCGGCCGACCCGGCGCUCUACACAGCUGAGGUGUCCAAAGUGGCGAAAACCAUGAUCAACAGGCUCAUCGCAUAUGAAGCCGUCAUUAAUGCCACACUCGGAAAAUACAUCCGUCUGUCGAUUCACCCUUCAUUGGGGCGAAACAAGAUCUCUAUUCCCCUGCUGCGACAAGGUGACCUGUUUGGUGAUAUGCCAUGGCAUGCAAGUGUAGUGGUACUGUCGAAUGGGGAGAUUCAAACCGGAAACUCGCGAGAAUUUCGCAAACUGUACGAGGUCGUGGUGAGGCAUGGCCGGCCUUAUUACUUCAGAGAGCGGAGCCCAAUGUAUGAAUGGGAGGCAGAGGUGGAGUUUCAGCAUGACUACGAUGGGUUGAUCGUGAAGAACCCUUUUCAGAGAGCCCAGAUGCUUGGUAAGGAUGAUCGCUUGAAGCUGGCUCGCUUGAUUGUGCAAUAUCAGACCAAGUCGGUUCGGGUGGAGGGCUUUGAAGUAUCGAAUGACGUGUAA